GAGUACGUUAUACUCUUGCGUUCAUACUACCAUACGACCAUUGAGUUUUACUAUUUAGACCCGAAUUAACCGGAUUUUUUUGGGGCAUUAUACUAUAUCCUAACCUCUAAUAGGUAAACUCUAGUCCCUAAUAACGUCAGAGAACCAUUGGGGUUGUCUAUUGUUCGAUAUAUAAUAUAUAAAGAGGCAAAUACUAAGAUCCUACUACUUAUUUCUUAUCCUCUCCCGCCGACCCCUUUAUGGAGAAUAAAAAGGUAGGGAUGACAGGAUCAUAGCUCGAUAUGGUUUUAUUAUGUUCAUCUUAUCGGUGGUUAUGUUCUUUUUUGCUUUUUUGGCUUCUUUUUCAUUCUACUUUAGCACCUAUGGUUGUGAUCAGAGGUACUUAGCCCUCGAAAGGGAUUGGGAUUUUAGGUCCUUUGGAAAUCCAAUACACAUUCAUGAUCCUCGAGUUUGGACGAACUCUCGACCAAUGUAGUAAAAAUUACGACUUUUUAGUGAGAAAUUCUUAGUAAAGAUACUUCAUAAUUGGAUUUAUUCAUCCAUAUUGAAACUUGACACACACUGUAUCCCUCAUGAUGACUAAAUUCUCUAAUCUCGGCUCAUUUCCAUUUUGGAUGUUUGUUUUUUAUCCAGACACUUAAAUUUAGUAUAUUAUGUAAUAUAUAUCAAUUGUUAAUUUUUGAAGUUUAUACUAAACCUCAACCGGUGGUCAUUGUUUAUAUGUUGACUUAGAAUCUCAAUCUAAGGCACUCACACACACUAUCGAGAAUUUUUGGUCUUAACAUGGUCGUUGAAUGUGUAAUUUUCAAAGAUUCUAUCGCUUAUAUAUUAAUAAUUGAUAAAGAGUGUCUCCAAUACACACAUAUUUUAAGUGCAUUUAAAAUGUCUUAUCAUUUGAACAAUAUCAGUGUAUUUCAUUUGAUUAUUUGCAUUAACUUAUUAUCUUAUACAACAUAUAUUAAUUCGUUUUUCUCGAGUCUAGACGAACUGAAAACCAAUUUUGAGAGUUGAGAUUAAUUUUGAGAGUGUCUCCAAUACACACAUGUUUAUCCCAAUUGACGAUCUUACUAAAAAUUGCCAACCUUUAUUUGGUAAAUGCCUAUGUUAGUAGUUGAUGAAACGUGAUGUUUAUCGUAGAUUCUGAACAAAGAUUUUUCUAACCUUCACAUCUAUUAUUUUUCAAGGAAUCUUGUGUCUCAUCCUAGGGUAUGAAGUCAAAGUUCGUCAACAAUCAUACUUAAGUCAUUUUGAAAAUUUUGAUUUAUAAUCGUCGAAGAUAACUCCAAGUCUGAAAGAAAAUUUCUUAGCAUACGACUUAGAACCUCAAUAGAGCUUUCUCAAUCAACAUGAUAUAGAGCAAAUAUUAUUAAUGUGAACUUAGGUCACAUUAUCAAAUUAUUGCACAUGCGAUUCCUCUUCAUUUGAGGAAUUUAAGGUAGAACAUGAUCUGAAUGAAUAAGAUUUUUUUUAAAUAAAUAACUGUAACUACUCGAUCAAGAUUAUACUCUGACAUUUUGCUAAAUAAUACUGUUUUAUUUUAUAGAUAUAUAUUGUACGAAUAAGAGAGUGUUUCAUUGAAACAAAAUAUAAAGUAAUAUAGUUUAUUUUUCAAAGGUAAUUGAAUGUCAAAUGUUUAUUUUCUCUCUUUUCAUAUAUAUUUUGGUUUAAUCGAUUAAAACACAAUUGUUUAUGUGUAUGAUUGCUUAUUUUUUCAUCAAAAUGUAACUGAUCAUUGAAUUUUAGUAAAAAUGAGUAGAAAAUUUAUUUCAUAAGGUUUAAUCAGAUAUUUUUUAUUUAAAUAAAUAUGAUAUAUGUCACUCUAUUUUUUCUUAUUUAUAUUUUGUUUAUUUAAAAUUUUUUAUUAUUUAUGUGUGUUUGGUUAAGUUUAUCAACAUGUAACUUAUUAUUAAAGACAAAAAAGAAUAAAUGGAUAAAAGAAAAAGAAUAAUUGGAUAAAAGAAAUGGAAAUAUUAAAGAAGAGAGAGGUAGCUCCAUAAAUACAUUAAUAACUAAUUUUUUGUUUGUAAAAAAGUUGUCCAACUUGGCAAAUUGUGCAUCCUCCAAGUGCUUAUGUGGCAAGAAUUUGUUUUUUGAAUUGCCAUAAUAUAUAGUAUAGAUAGAUAGAAGAUUGGAAGAGGAAAUGAUUCAGUAAAUACGAUAUCCAUUAAUCUAUAACAUAAAAGACAAUCAAGUCUCGAGUUAACAAUAGAAUAUAACAGGGAAUGAUAAAUGAGUAUAGUAAUUAGUAACAUAAACUUAUGAUCUAUACAGACUAUUAUAGUGACUUUUUUUUUUAUAGAAAAUGUGAUCAAAUUGAUUGGUUUGGCUGCACAAAAUUUAGAUGAAGCAAUUCUGUAUGAGAAAUUUCAAAUUGACUCGUUUUGAAACAAUUACAAAUUUACAAUUUUCAGAGAUGGUGACAGAUAUUUCGAAUUGACUCAUUUUAAAUGACUUAUUUUGUACAGUGGCGGUUCCAGGGGGUGGCCACCCGGACCCCGGCCCAACCCUCCUCUGAAUCCGGCAUUAGUGUAGUCCUUAUGAAUUUUUCGAUAUUAGACAUCCGGCUCAGUGUUAUUUUAUAAUAAGAUUGGGUAUAACUAGGAAAAUAAUUUAAAUUAACAUUUUUCAAUCAUUAUUCUAUUUGGACUAGAAAUUCUAGCACCAAAGAUUAUUCGUCUAAAAAAACAAUGAAAUCUAAAAGUCUAAAAGUCUGAAACGUAAAAGACUAGAAGAAAUAUGAGGGUUUUUCCUUGAAAAUUUACUAGAGUAGUUGGUGAAUCUAGGGAUGGACACACUAUGCAUGAUUGAUUUGUCUAGUGUUGACGCUGCUCGUUUCAACAGCUACUACCGGGAGAACUUUUAUAAAAAUGAAACACGUGUAAAAACUUAUUUGCGCAAUAAAAUGAGCGAUAAAUUUCUCGUCGGUUGCUUAAGUAUUUUAUUUGAAACAGUUUAUACUAUUGGUAUGGAUGUGGACUACAUUAUUGUUGCAUUCGCUAAAUUAAAAUACGAUAGUGUACAAUUUAUAUUGCAAAAAAAAUUUCAUUAUAUUUGUUUACAGUUUUAAUUUUUUAAUGAAAUGCGGCCAAGUGCUCUUCUGUGUUUUGGAUCCGCUGCUGAUUUUGUAGAAUGAGAUAAUUGGCCAAAUUGUCUUGUUUUCAAUUGAUCCAUCCAAACGAUCCCGAGUUUUUGUUAGGUUAGGUGACUUAACAGAUUAAAAUAGACACAUAAUAUUAAAAGUCAAAUUCAAAUAAAAGGACAUUUUUUUCCUACUCAAUAAUUAACUUGUAUUACCAAAAGUUGUAAAUACACCACUUGUAAAAAGUAAAACCGAUAACAUCCAUAAAAGAAAACAUUACUUGCCCUGCCCACUAGAAAAUAUGUGUAGCUAUCUCAAACGUGCAUAAAAUAAAGCAAAAAACGGAGCACAUGAUUAACUUAAGAUAAAAGUAAUAUUAUUUUAGAGUCUAGUUGGUGGUCGAGAAGGAAAAGGAAAGACUCUUGCUCGCUAUUACUAUAACAACACUAGUCUCCAACCAAUAGGAAGGUAGGAUUGUGAUGACUUUUUAUUAGAUGAGUUGACCUAGUGUAAAAUCAAAGCAGGAGUAUAAUUGUCAUUAUGAAAAAUCUGUUUAAAUAAUAAAAAAAUAAAAAAUAAAUUUUUUUUUAUUUUCUGCCCAAAAAAUUGGUCGCCGGAAUUCUGCCACCGGUCGCCGGAAUAUGCUAUUUGUCGCCGAAAUAUGCUUACCGGCGUCGGAAUCUAGUCAUCGGGGCUGGAAUAUGCCUAUCGGCGUCGGAAUCUGCUCACUAAUGCUCAACGGAGUUCGGUCAACGGUCAACGAAGACAGGAUGUAUGGUCUACAUUGUGAGAUUUAUGGUUUGGUUUCUCAUAUUUUCGUAUGCCUUUUGUGGUUUGCUUUAUCGUGUUUGUGGUUUGCAUUAAGAAGUUUCUGGUUUGCUUUAUCGUGUUUGUGGUUUGCAUUGAGAAGUUUCUGGUUUGCUUUCAAAAACUUUGUGGUUUGCAUUGUGAGAUUUCUGUUUGUUUUAAUAUAUUUGCGGUUUGCAUUAGGACGUUUAUUGUUUGCUUUUUUGUGGUUUGAUUUACUGUGUUUGUGGUUUGCAUUAGGAGGUUUCUGGUGUGCUUUCGCAAAUGUUGUGGUUUGCUUUGUGAGGUUUGUGGUUUGUUUUAGGAGAUUUGUGGUUUGCAUUAGGAGGUUUCUGGUUUGCAUUAAGAAGUUUCUAGUGUGCUUUCGAAACUUUUGUGGUUUGCUUUUCGAGGUUUCUGGUUUGUUUUAAUAUAUUUGUGGUCUGCAUUAGAACGUUUUUGGUUUGCUUUACCGUUGUUUGUGGUUUACAUUAGGGGGGUUUGUGGUGUGCUUUCGGAAUAUUUGUGGUGUGCAUUAUGGGGUUUCUGGUAUGUUUUAGGAGAUUUUUGGUUUGCAUUAUGAGGUUUCUGGUAUGCAUGUUGGGGUUGUUUUUAUUGCGUUUAUAAUUUAUAUUAGGCGCUUUAUUGUGCUGAUAACUAACAAAUAAAUACAAAAUUAUUACAAGGCUACAACCCCAUUUGACACCAAACUACAUAUGACCACAAGUACACUCUAUAAUUAGCAAAAUUAAACAACACAUCACAAUAGAUAUACCACAAAUAUCAACUUAAAACUUGAAAAUAGCUUUCCCAGGAUCAAUGAUUCUCUUCACUGUCCAUUCAAAUUGUCAUUAGAAAAAAAAAAAUUCAAUUGGAGUACUAAUGAAAGAAAGAAACGAGAUGGAGAGGAAGAAAAGCAAUUGAAGCAUAGACUCUUAGUCCGCGGAAAGCCUUGGAAUGAAUUUCCACAACACAGGCCGCAGCUGGUACCACCAUUGUUGCGAAUCUCUAGGAAUUUGAGAGAUACGAACUGCAGCGAGGCAACAUAGGAGCCUCAAUGAAGUCGUCUGCAGCCGGUGCCGCCAUGGUUGCGGAGCCUUCUGCUGCUUCCGUUCACGUACCCUCUAGCAGCGGUAGAAUCCGAAUUUCCGACAGUUCCGUCAUGGGAACAGGCGAACAACCGGAAUCCGAUGGCGCUCAUUGUUUAGGGAAAGCUAGCCAAGCGGCCCUCAUUGUUUCUUUUUCCCCAUCCCCCCAAAUGCAAAAACCUGUCCGGAUUCACUAAAUGUGAAAAAACCAGUGUUAUUAAAGCCGAGCCGAGCCGCUCGGCCCGACCGGUAAAACCGCCACCCGGUCACAAAAUCGGCUCGAAAUAGUCUAAAAGCCGCUCCGGUUUUAUGUAGCGGUUGGCGAGCGGCUGAGGCGGUUAGCAGUUCGAGCCGCUCGUCCGGUUUUUGCCAUUCAGCCACUAAAUUUAAUUAAAAAAAUUGUAGAAAAUUGAAAAUUGAAAAAAACCAAAAACGUCGGGCUCUCAAAUGAAUCCUUAUUUCCAUUUCACAAUUUCGAAGGAAAGAGAUGAGCUCUGAUUAAGAAAUGUCCACUAUUUAUACUGAUAACAUUUAUUAGGUACCAGUUCUCUAACGGUUUUUAAACGGUCUAAUGCCGGUUGGACCACUAAAGUGCGAGCCGUUCGCAUUACCGGGUCAUGCUCCGGUUCGGUUCUGACAACAUUGGAAAAAACCCUCAAGCGCUCUCUCCAUGGAGCUAGCUGAUUCGAAGUCCACAAACCCAAAACAGUGCGUCCAGCACCGCCACCUCUCGCUUGACCUGAGAAAUUGCCAACGCGCUGCUCCCAUCCCCCUUCUCUCCCAAAUUCAGCGACAUCAAUGGCAUCCAACGCCGCCGCAUCUGCUCCGGAAUCGCCGUCGUCGCUCGGUAACUCCUCAGUUGGUGAUGAUGUCCGUAAUCUCGUUGGAUGCGGUGGAGGUGGGCGGUGAAGCUGUUGCGUUGGGGGCCGAGGAGAGUGGGAAGAUCAAAGAAGAACUGAGAUCCAACGAGAGUGUGAAGGGGACGGGGUGGGUAGGCGAAAUAUAAUUUAAUUUUUAUUCUAUUAGAUUUUAGAUAAAUUUACCCUUAUACCCUUAAUGAAUCAUGUUGUUAGUAUAACAACACUAAGGGUGUUGUUAUACUAUCCGCACCCCUCGCUCAAUAUAAAACCAAAGGGAGAAAUUUUACAAUGCUAUAUAGUAUUGGUGCUAUAGAUUUUUGCCUUUAUGGUACAAUUUAAAAUUGUACAUUUACGUUGUGGUACAACUUCAUAUUGUACCUAUAGUUUUGGUACAAAUUCUUUUAUGGUACAACUUGAACUUGUACCUUUAUGUAAUGAUAUAACUUCAAGUUGUAAACUUGUACCAUAACAUAAUG